AUGGAUCUCGACCAUGACGACAACAACCAUUACAAGAACAAGACGAACAAAGGUCAGGAGGAGGACCGACACAUUUCGAUUGCCGGACUUGUUGCGGAUUCAACUGAGAUCGGUGAUCCGCGAGAACAAUACCCACCACCACCACACAGUCACUUCACCACCACCACCCAGGCCAGCAACUUUUUUGGCGCGGUCGGCGAGAAGAGACAACCACCACCAGAUUGUCGGUUGCCCGCUCCAAGAGUCGCCCAUAACAACCACCACCACUACGGCCGGGACGAUGCGCAGACGGAGAGGCUUGAGCAAGCGCACAGGGAAGCUCGUUACGCCAUCAUGAGAUUCUUGGGACGACACGUCGCCCAACCCGUCGCCACCGUCGCCACCGAUGAGUUCCCUGCCGCCGUCCGUUCGGAUGCGAUCGGUCUCUCGAGGAAAUCUCGAGAUUCCAGAUUGGUUCGGGCGACAACAACGACCUCGGCGGCCACUACUACUACUACUACCACCGUCGGUGAUAAGGAUAAUGACGAACGACGUGCCACGAGGACUGGUGGUGACGAGAAGAAGGGAGGCGUUGACGUUGGGGUCGGCACGGACACCGUCACUCCAAGAAUAACAACGACGACGACAACUCCGACAGAGCAAGGCCAGAAGUCAAUCACGUCUCUGUCUCCCACCACUCGCAGAAGGAGAAUCCUGGAGUUUACAGAGGCGGUGACUCGAGCACGAGUGGAGAUGGCGAAGAGGGAGAAGAACUAG